AGCCUCCACCGUUAGCUCAGCAGCAGCUAAGCAGCCAUUGGCUAGUGAGAGCGUGAGCAUCCUUCUAGAAAAAUACCACUGAAAGUAAAAAAAAAAAUACGGACUACUCCUACAGCUUACGUUAAAUCCGACAAAAGAAAUCUCUUUGAAGACAAAGAGUAUAAAGAUGCCUUCAGCGAUGGUUGGCAACAGUGCUGUCCAGUCUGCCAUCACAGACCAGGGAAAUGGAAGUAAUUCAGAGGCCAUGAAGCAGAUUCUUUGUGUGAUUGACAAGAAGGUUCGCAAUAUGGAAAAGAAAAAGUCCAAACUGGAUGACUGUCAGGCAAGGAAGAGUAAGGGGGAACAACUGAAUCAGGAUCAGCUGGAUGCCUUGACGAAGUACCAAGAGAUCACCAACAACCUUGAGUUUGCUCGAGAAUUGCAGAAGAGCUUCAUGGCCUUGGGCCAAGAGAUCCAAAAGUCAGUGAAGAAGACUGCAAGACGGGAGCAGCUGCAGCGGGAGGAGAUGGAACAACGGCGGCUGAAGACAGUAUUGGAGUUUCAGUUUUUGCUGGACCAAUUGGGAGAUGAGAGUGUCAGGCAGGACCUUAAAAGGCCUGAUGCCACCGGUUCCCCCUUGCUCACUGACGCUGACCUCACAUCCCUUGAUGAUUUUUACAAACUGGUGGGACCUGAUAGGAACUAUGACGUCAGGUUUACUGACCAAUAUGAUGAGGCCUCAGUACACUUGUGGGAACUGCUUGAGGGCCGGGACAAGGCUGUGGGAGGGACCACAUACAAGAUAGUGAAGGCUACUCUUGAGAAAGUGCUGCUGAGUGGUUACUUUGACAGAGCACAAACUCAUCAGAACGGGACGUGUGAGGAGGAGGAGGAACAAGAGGAGCAGACUGUUGUGGCUGAGUCUAAUGCUGGGACGCAGCCAUCAGAACUUGAAGGAACAGCUACUGAAAAAUUUGCAGAGCAAAUUCAAGUGGAAACCACAGAGUUUGUAAACAGACAGUUCAUUCCAGAAACUACGUACAGCAGUCCAGACAAAGACCAAGUGGAUGAGUGGACAGUGGAGGCUCAGAUGGUGAAUUCCCUCCAGCACCAGCCUCCUGCCCAGCUGGCUAUAGAAUCAACUGUUACUGUGAACCAUUGCAGCCCCCCUCCGGCCGCUGACCCAGUGGUCAGGAAGCAGGCAGUGCAAGACCUCAUGGCUCAGAUGCAAGGAACAUACAACUUUAUGCAGGAUUCCAUGUUGGAGUUUGACGGCCAGGCUCUGGACCCGGCCAUUGUGUCUGCCCAGCCAAUGAAGCCUGUGCAGAAUGUUGACUUGCAGCAGAUGGGCUGCCCUGCAGCCCACUCAGAGUCCAGACUUCCUCAAACAAGUGUCGUGUCCGGACCACAGGAAUCCUCACAAGCCUCGAUGUCUCUGCCAUCUGAGCAGUCCCCUGCCCCAUGUUCCUUGUCCUCUGCUUUCCCACCCGUCUCCAAAUCCACCCACACUGGAGGCAUCAAUGUCAACGCCGCACCCUUCCAGUCAGUGCAAGCGGUAUUUAAUCUGAAUGCACCCGUACCGCCAACCACUGACGGCCAAGCAGAUCCUUUGAAGCAGCCUGGCCAAUUCCCUGGUGGCUAUGGACAGGGAUUUAGCAGCCAGUCAGAGAGUCCUGUAAACCAGCCGGACAUCCCACAGGAGACAUUACAGUCAGUUGUUGGUGGAUUCCAGCCCCAAGACCAGGUCAUGCCCUCAGCAGCAGGCCAUGAAGAUUCCUCUCCAGGCGCAGCGUUCGGACAGUCGGGACAGUCCUUUUACAACAGCAGGGCUGUGCCCAGGGGUGGACCCAGGAACAGCCGUGGCAUGAUAAAUGGAUACCGGGGCUCCUCCAAUGGAUUCAGAGGUGGAUAUGACGGCUAUCGCCCUCCUUUCUCAAAUGCUCCCACCAGUGGUUAUGGUCAAACCCAAUUUAACACGUCUCGGGACUAUUCCAGUAACACCUACCAGAGGGAGGGAUAUCAACAAAACUACAAGCGGGGAACUGCCCAAGGACCUCGAGGUUUGUCUAGAGGAAAUACUCAAGCAAUGCGAUCCUAAGGACCGUCAAGUCGCGCCACGUUUAACAUUCAGGAUUUUUGAAUGUGUUCGCCCCAGCUCACUUUUAUAACAAUGUUUUGUUUCUCAUUGGUAAUCUUAUUUUUUUAACUCUUGGCCUACUUAUCAGAGUUAGCCUGCUUUCGGUCUGUCCAGAUCCUCUUAAUGUUCUAACACAAAAUGCUGAACUUCACCACAUGUAGAAUGAUCAGCAAGUCUGUGUGAUGUAAAACAACAAAUAGAUAUUCCUGUAAACUUGAAAGAUUUCAUUAAUUUAUUUUUUGUACAAAAUAAAUGCAAAAAAUACCCUGCCACUGUCGAUCUGAUUCCAUGAGAAUGAUUUUCUUCUGCCCUGUGCUGUCAGCCACUUUUUUUCCUCUUGAUCUUAUAAUUUUUUGUAAACGCAUUUUUGUUUGUCUUUUCUUUUUUUAGCCCUUUGUCACCUCUCGCACCAUCACCUCUUUGUACGCUGUCAUGGUUGAGACUGUUUCAAUAAAGUUGUGUUCUAUUA